AUCUCUAACUUUGUCCCCAAACUGCUCAACCUGAGUUGUCACUCUGAUUUUUAGUAGUGUCCAUUCUGGUCACUCCCAGUGAAAAUCUUGGCAUUUUCAAUUCUGCCACCUCCAGCGAAGCCGGCUGUCUUUUCAUCAGUGUCACCAUCUCCAAACCACAGAGCAGGUCUCGCUAUCAUCUUGUAAACCUUCCCUUUGCCUUGUCACCUGACACUGAACUCAACCAACUCCACCCCACCUUACCUUCAUCCUCUCUUCUUCACCUCUCCUGUGCAUUGUCAGUUACUUUGGAUGGUUGACCCCAGAUACUUAAAACUCAUUCACCGUCAUUACCUCGUACGUAACAUGUUCAGCUUUCCACGUGUCUCCCUUGCCCACACACGUCUUGCUUCUGCUGACUUUUGUAGUUACUGCAGUUCUGUAUAUCACCCUUGCUCCUGAAAAACAUAACAUUGAAAAUCAGUUUAGUGUCGAGCUAUUUCCAAGUACAUCACUGUGUACACUCACCAGGCACUUUAUUAGGUACACGUUGCUGGUACAAGGUACCAGAACUGUCUUUAUUCUGUCUUUAUUGUGUCAUAGAAUAUUAACAUCAGCUCAUAAUUCACCUUUCUUUCCCAUUUCAAGCUCUCAGUGGGAUCAAAUGCAUUAUACAAAUAAUGCAUUAUCAUGCACAAUUCUGCACUUGGUUAAAACAGCUGAAAUACAGAGAGAGUAUCAAAACCUCGUUGUUCUGCUACACGCCACUCCCCGGACACAUCUGACAAGAGCUGUGUGCGACAUCCAGACACACUACCAGUCUGACAUGACUCACUUGUUGGAUUACUACUACUGAUGCUUUAAUGCUUAAAAGACACUGUAUGCUGAACACUUCUGUUGGCUUUUAAGUACCUCACUCGGAUCAUCAGACGAAUAUGACGGUUGCAAUAAAGGUUUUCUUUAUAUGCAGUCUACUUCAAGGUAUGUUAUUUUAAUUUCAGUCAUGUUGCUGGGGACUUAUCUGUCUUUCCACAUAUGUAGAUGCAAAUGCAGAACCUUUACGUUGGCGGUAAUUAGAAUGUUUACUUUACCAUACCUAAUGUCAUGUUUCUGCUGCUUCAACUCAGGUAGCUUAUGCCAAAACUGGGCAGUCUUCUUGCCUCAGACUGUAGAAGCACUGAGUGGAUCCUGCCUGUUGAUCCGCUGCAGAUUCACCUUGCCCCCAGAAUGGGAGGAAUUCCUGGAUGAUUCAUGUAAAGCUAUCUGGAAGAAAGGCUGGAGUAGAACUCCGGUGUUUGAUUCCAGCCUCACUGGUGCAAGUGGAAGUUUAAAUAUCCAGCAAGGAAACCUGACUGGAAUCCUGCGUGACAAAGACUGCACCACCAUCUUCAACAACAUGCCACCACGCCAUUAUGACAACUAUUACUUCAGACUGCAGUGUGACAAUGAUUUGAAGUUUAACUUUCCUUCAAGUGUCCUCAUAUCCACUCAAAAUUCACUGCCUAAACCUACCAUAACUCCAUUGAACCUGGAGGUAGAAGAAGGAACUGCAGUGGCAUUGACCUGCUCCGCUGUUUCUCACUGUCCCAUUCUUCCUCCACUUCUGACAUGGUCGCCCGCUUUAGGUGACACAGAGGAGGAAGUGGAAGCUAACCCUGCGACCUCUGUGAUGAACUUCACUGCUUCUCACCUUCACAAUGAACAAAAAGUUUCUUGCACUGCCGUCUAUAACCGACAAGCUGGGAAAAGUGACCUUCUGUAUGAAAAAAUUCUGACGCUAAGUGUUCUUUAUCCUCCAAAUAACACAUCCGUUAGUUACUCUGGUCCUGUAAAAGAAGGCAGCUCAGUGACCGUGACCUGCAACACUAAUGCAAAUCCAGCCGUGGACAGCUACACCUGGUACAAAGUGAAUGGAGAUCAGGUGUCAGUGGUGGGAUCUAAGAAGAGGUUUUCAGCCACAGUGUCAGAAGUUGACAGUCAGUUUUUUUGUGGAGUCAGUAACAGUUAUGGAAGCCAGAAUUCUUCUAUCACUCAGAUUGACGUACAGUUUUCCCCGAGGGAAACAACAGUAAUCGUCGAUCCCACUGGUCCAGUUCUGGAGGGCAGCUCUGUUUCUCUGAUCUGUAAGAGCCGCUCUAACCCACCAGUGACCAACUACACCUGGUACAGAGAUAAUGAGAUGGAUAAGGAGCUCGGACCAGUCUUGGUCAUAGACGGUGCCGACACCAGCCACAGCGGUGAUUACCACUGUACAGCCAAAAAUGAUCUGGGAGAGGAAACGUCAGCAGCAAUUCAGCUGGACAUUCAGUAUCCUCCUAAAAAUACUUCAGUGUCUGUUGACCCUUCUGGUCCUGUGCUGGAUGGCAGCUCUGUGACUCUGACUUGCACAAGCAUCGCCAAUCCAGCAGCGGUGAACUUCACCUGGUUCCAGGUGGCAGGAAGGAAAAAGGAAGCGGUGGGCUUUGAGCAACACUUCACCUUCAAUGUGACCAAACUCUCAGAUGAUCAAUAUCAUUGUGAAGCUCUUAAUGUCCAUGGAGCUGAAUGCUCAGAGCCUGUCAGCAUUGAUGUCACAUUUGCUCCAGAGAUCCUAUUUUCUUCCCGCUGUGUGAAGAUUUUGUCCCAGAUCCGAUGUACCUGUAACACUCAGGGGAACCCGCUUCCCUCCCUGGUUUGGCAGCUGGCUGGCGAGCUUGUCAAUCACUCUGCUGAUAUCCCAAUUCGGGAAGUAAAUCUGGGGAGCACGAGCGUGAGGAGCAUCAUCACUCUGUACUACCUGGGCCAAGACAUGCCCUCUCUGGUCUGUCUGAGCAGCAACUCCCUGGGGUCUGAUAGUAUAGCUUUCAAUAUAUCCUCCAGUGAAACUCAGCUAGUCCUCCAUACUCUUUCUUUGCUGAUUGGUUCUGGAGUGGGAGCACUGGGGAUGCUGCUGGUUUUCAUACCGCUACUGAUAUGCCUUUACAGGAAAAGGAAGGGCAAUGUUUCACUUGACAAGGGACUUGUGGAUAUUUCAGACUGUUUAGUCACCAAUGAGACUAACUCUUCAAAGGCAGAUGUGAUUUAUGUCAAUAAAGCCAUUCUUGAGGCAGAAGCAGCAGAAUACAAGGAUGACUCUCUCCAUUAUGCUGAUGUGGACUUUGCUCAACUUCAGGCCAGGUCAGAGGGCAAGCUCGGGGAAGGUGAGAUCAAAGGCCUGGCCUCUAAGACUGGUGUGGAUUCUGAGAUCCAUCGAGAAGCACCAAGCAAUGGAGGAGAUGCAAAGUAG